UAUAACAAACUUGAUCGUGGGAAAAAGAUAACAUGGGGAAUAAGUUUUGCAAGUAUAGCAAACGGUAUCAUUGUUGUAUGUCUCAGUGUUUAUACACUCAACCAGCCAGAGGCAUGGGCCGAGCCGAUUCAAUUUUGCGACUCAUCAGUGAAGACGAACUUAUAUGUUAUCGCUGGAUAUUUAGUUGCUGAUUUGUGGUGGAUGUUCUACUAUCCAGUAGAAUCGGAAGCUUCAAUCGUCUUUAAACUGCAUCACUGUUUUUCUCUGAUAGGAUUCAGCAUUGUUUUGAAUUACGAGAUUUUGGGUCUAUUUGUUACAAUUCGACUGACAUCGGAAUUGUCACAAAUUUUCAAACAUACUGGGUCGUUAUACAAGGAAAGCUGUGAAAAAAUCAACAAAACUUACAUAUUGAAUGCAAUCACCUUCACUCUUAGUUUUUUCUUCUCGCGCGUUUUAGUUCAACCCGUGUUUUAUUUGGAAGUUUGGAAAAUUUUUGGAACUGAAGAAUGGAAAAGAAUUUCGACACUCACUCAUGUAAUUUGGCUGUCUGUUGGUGGAUUUUUGGACAUUGUCAAUUUGUACUGGUUCACCUUAGUUAUGCGAGGUUUCUUUUCAAUUGCAAGAAAAAUGUUGCAAAACGGAACAAUUCAUAAAAAAAUGAUAAAAUCAUUCUUACGAAAGACAAAAAACUGAACAAAAUUUAAUGAUUUAUACUGUUUUACUCGUACAACAUAUCCAAUCAUCUUUUACUCUUUUUUUAUCGUGGACGAUGUAUUUACCGUUUUUUUAGAAGAAAAUAUUAAUAGUCGCAAUGUGAGUGACUGUUGAAAAUAUGCGUCUGUUUUUUCAUGUUUCUACCCUUUGUUUGUUAUUAUUGUAUUGUAUCAGUUUUUUGGUCAAAAUUUUAAUUAGUUAGGUGUCAAAUGUAUUCAACAUCAGAAUUUUCAUUGUUCCAUUUUAGUUUUAAACUUUUAAGGCCUCUCUCAAGAAUGGCAGUUUAUAUUUGUUUCACUAACUAUGACUAAGGUAUACAAUGUAGACUUAAUUUUAUGGAAUAUUUUUGAAUUUUCUUGAAAAAGACGACUGUUUAAUAAAAUAAAUCCGGCAACGUAAAUUACUAACUUCGGUAGUUCGUAACUGAUCUUUCAACUUUUUUCCAAAACGGACUCUAGAACAGCUUGUUCUUUUUUAUUUAAUUUGUAUUUUAAUUUCAUCAGACAUUUCAAAGAUUUGUUUCAAAAACGGACAUUGAAAAAUCAGUAGUAUAUAUCUUUCAUGUCUUACUUAUAUAGGAAAUUGUGAAAAUUACGAUAAUAAAAAAUUACAAUAUAUCAUUUCUCAUCUUCUUGCCAUUGUCUCAACUCAUUUUCUCCCGACCAUGCUAAAGAACGGACAUGGUUGAGAAGGAUCUGAUUCCAGAACAGCUUUUUGUGUGCACUUAUCUUGUUCAUCAGUUAUAACAACACAAUUUGGGUCUUGGUUGUUACGCUAGUUAACG